AUGCGAUUGAUUCAAGGCAAGUUAGAUGACUUGAUGAGGAAGAAUUUUGAGGUGUGUCACUUUGACGAGCAAAAGGCUCUCCAAUUCAGGUUGAAUGAAUUAUCUACUACUAAUGAAUCUUAUUGGAGACAACGUUCCAGGAUUCUAUGGUUAAAGGAAGGGGACCAUAAUACGGCUUUUUUUCAUCGACGGGCUUCGAAUCGUAGAUGCAGAAACCGUAUUAAGGGUCACACUAAUGCAUCGGGGCAAUGGACUUCUACACCAGGAGAGGUCUCGGAGAUAUUGCUUCACUACUAUGAAUCUAUAUUGAGGGCAGAUACCUUGGAACCGGAGGCACUUAACGUUGUGUUGGAUUGCUUGCAACCCAAAGUAUCGGAAGAGAUGAACUUUGGUCUUAUAGCCCCAUACUCUGAUGAUGAGAUCAAGAAGGCUUUGUUUCAAAUGCAUCCCUCAAAAUCACCAGGUCCUGAUGGGAUGUCCCCAUGUUUCUUCCAGAAAUUUUGGAACGUGGUAGGACAUGACGUUUGUUGUGCAAUUAGGGAAGUGUUGACUACGGGUAAUGUCUCCCAGGAAUCAAACUUCACACAUCUUACUCUUAUACCGAAGAUCAAGGAACCGAAACUUCCUUCUGAUUUGAGACCGAUUGCGUUAUGUAACGUGGUGUACAAGAUAGCUUCCAAGGUCCUGGCCAACAGACUCAAGAAAAUUCUGCCUCACAUUAUUUCCCCGUUACAGAGUGCUUUUGUUCCAGGUUUUAUAUUGCCCACCAGGGGUAUCCGACAGGGAGACCCCUUAUCUCCAUAUUUGUUUAUUUUGUGCGCAGAAGGACUCUCAGCCUUGAUUUCAUCGUCUUUUCAGAAUGGAACCAUCAGAGGCUUAACCAUGGCCCCUAGUGCUCCCACCAUUCACCAUCUACUUUUUGCAGAUGAUAGCUUUCUCUUUGGGGAAGCCUCAAAAUCUAGUGUGGUGUUUAGUGGUAAUGUUAGUUUGCAGAACAAGAAUAAUCUUGCAGCUAUUCUUGGGGUGCAGUGUGUUAAUGAACAUGGUUUAUACCUUGGCUUGCCUAUUCAUGUUGGGCAUAACAAGAAAGCCAUCUUUGCUUAUCUAAAAGAGAGGCUGUCAAAGAAGCUCAUUAGUUGGCGAUCCAAGAUUCUGAGUUCAGGAGGUAAGGAAUUGUUGAUUAAGGCAGUUGCUCAAACUUUACCUAAUUAUGUCAUGACCCGUGAUGCUCUGCCUAAGUCUAUGUGCAAUGAGCUACAAUAG